AUGCGCGCCUCUACUUUCUGGCAGCGCAGUUUGACAGGAAACCUUCCUCUUCUGCGAUCUCUCACUGCUUCCCAGAAGCCCCAAUUCCUCACUCGAUCCCCAUCACGAUCUUUUUGGAUCAAGCUUAAUCGUCCCACGCCAGUUGAAAUCUUCAAUCACACACCAUGGCCGACAACAAAGGAACAGGAGAAGGAGCUGGUAGAAGGCGUAAGAACCGCGAUAUGGGGCGAAACGAAUGGAGCAAGUCGGCAAGCGAUAGAUAAACGAGAACGCCUGGAGCGGCAAGCCGAGACGAAACGACGCAAGAUUGAAAAUGGCGAGGCAGUGCUGGCCCCGAUCUACGCAACGGAGUUCUCCAAGGAAGAAAUCGCGAAUGAAGAACGACGACCCAAAAAGAAAGUUGCGCUCAUGUUAGGCUACUCCGGAACGGGCUACUAUGGCAUGCAGCUGAACGAGCAACAAAAAACUAUCGAGGGAGACCUUUUCUCGGCCCUCGUCGCCGCCCGCGCUAUCUCCAAAGCAAAUGCGUCAGAUCCUAAGAAAUCCUCCUUCGUUCGUUGCGCGCGUACAGACAAGGGCGUCCAUGCUGCGGGUAAUGUGGUGUCUCUGAAGAUGAUCGUGGAGGACCCCGAUAUUGUUCAGAAGAUCAACGAUAAUCUCAGCCCGCAGAUCCGGGUCUGGGGCUAUGAGCUCGCCACGAGCAGCUUCAGCUGUUAUCAGAUGUGCGAUUCUCGCGUUUACGAAUACUUGAUGCCCAGCCAUUGUCUCUUGCCACCACACCCCAGUACUCACCUCGGCAAGAAGAUUGUUGAGCAGGCCGAGAAGGCAGGUGACCUAGACAAUGUCAAUGCUAGACAAGAGGAGGUCUUGGGAUACUGGGAGAAAGUUGAUCAAGAAUACAUCCAACCUAUUCUGGAGAAGGUGCCAGAGGAUGUGCGCAGUAUUGUUCAAAAAUCUCUAUUUGUCAAUGAAGAACAGGAACCAUCAACACAAGACGAGGAGGACGAGGAACCUACGACCACCGGAUCGAAGACUAACGAGGAUCCCGCGCCGCAGCCGGCUGCUGAGCCUCAGCAACCUACCGAUGCGGGCGAGGCUGAGCCCUUCGUCAUGGAUCCUCGUCAAAGACUGAUUCUUGAUACCAUCAAGUCGAUCAAAGCAGCAUAUAUUGCCGCCAAACGGGCAUACCGUGUUCCCGCAUCCCGUGUCGCCCGCCUUCAGGCAUGCUUGGACCAAUAUGAAGGAACGAAAAGAUUCCACAACUACACCAUCCAGAAGACUUUCAAGGAUGCAUCAGCCCAACGUCACAUCAAGUCUUUCAAGGUCAACCCGACCCCUGUUGUGAUCAACGGCACCGAGUGGCUUAGCUUGAAGGUGCACGGUCAAAGCUUCAUGAUGCACCAAAUUCGGAAAAUGGUUGCUAUGGCGGCUCUUCUCGUUCGCAGUGGCUGUAUCCCCAGCCGGAUUUCAGAGACAUACGGCCCUGAACGGAUCGCCAUUCCCAAGGCCCCUGGUCUGGGAUUGUUGCUCGAGCGUCCUAUUUUUGAGACCUACAACACCAAGGCCAGUGGACUGGGCCGUGAACCCGUAGGCUUUGAGAAAUACACAACCGAAAUGGAGGAGUUCAAGCAGCGAGAGAUCUAUGACCGGAUCUUCCGCGAGGAAGAACAAACUUCUGCGUUCAACAUCUUCUUCAAUCAUAUUGACCAUUUCCCCAUGGAGUACUAUCUCUAUGUCACAUCCGGCGGCAUCGAAGCCGCCAAGCUGGUUUCCGCUCCCACAAUUGGGUCGUCUCGUAAGGAAGGUGGGAAGUCUGAUAAAGACAUUGAGAAAGAUCUUUUGGGCGAGUCGGGAGAUGAAAAGCCCGAGGAUAGCUGA